AUGUUCAAUUUUAUUUCCAUAUUUUACAAUAUUGCACUUAUUCUGUGGUACAAUGAAUUGUUUGCUAUCAGUCGUGAUGCACCGGUACUCAGUGCCGGAUUUUCCUAUUCAUACAGGCUCGAAAAACAAAUUACCAAUAUGGUCAGUGAUGGAAAAUUGUGCACCGAUCACUUCAUGACUCAUACGAUGAUUAAUGGCAAAGGAAACGAUCAAGGAAGAAUUAAUCUAACCGAUCAAAGAGUUGACGAGCAAUGUGUCAGGCCUGAAAAUGGCUAUAAAAGACAUUCCGCUAAAAAAUCUGCCCGAAAAGGUUACAGGGAAGCAAUUGCUGCUCAUCAAAAUUCAAACAAUUUUCAGAAGCCGUUUGUUGUGAAACGCUCGCAAUCAAUGAGUGAUUUAGAAUAUGAAUGUCAAGAAAUAGGACAAAGUUGCAGUCAAAAAAGUUACGAACCUGUAGAUAAUGGUCUUACAAAUUUUAUUCAUACGUCAAACAGGUCACAAGCAGUAGCUGCAAAGAUGACAAAUUCGGGAUGUGUAUAUCGUAGUGGAAGUUUGAAAAAUUUUAAAAUGCCAACAACCGAAGGAGUAAGGCGAAUUUUGUCACGUGAAGAGAUGAAUUUGGCAGAUAAUCUCCGAACAAAUAAUGCUUGUACAAUUUCUCCAAAUAAUAAUUUAAAAUCGUUAGUAUCAUUCGAUCCAAAAAGUAAUGUUCUCCUCCGAAUACAUAAUCAUAUUGAUGAUGAUGACGAUUAUGAUAGAGAUAAUAAUAGUACUUAUCAACGACAACAACAACAACAACAACAACAACAACAACAACAACAAAAGAUACCGAGAAAA